CGAACGAAGAAGAGGAAGAUACGCGCUCUCGAAAGAUACUUCCUUUUCCCGCAUCGGAAAGUCAGUCAGCUUUCCGCUUCCUGUCUGGAGAUCAACUGUGCUACAUCACAUAAUCAGAAUGCCAAAAUCAAAGGAAGUGCUGUCUUCCACAUCUGGAAGUGACUCCGACAGUGAAGUAGAGACGAAGGCAAAGAGAAAGAAGCCAAGUGCACCAGAGAAGCCAGCCAAGAAAGCAAAGAGUGGAGAGAGUUCCAAGCCAGGGGGUUCAUCCAAGGGCAGCAGUAAUGGUGAUGACAACAUGUUCCAGAUUGGAAAGAUGAGAUAUGUCAGCGUCAGAGACUUCAAGGGUAAAGUCCUGAUUGACAUAAGAGAAUACUGGAUGAACCAAGAUGGGGAGAUGAAACCGGGGAAAAAAGGUAUCUCCUUGAAUCCUGAACAGUGGAACCAACUGAAGGACCAAAUCUCAGAAAUUGAUGAUGCCAUUAAGAGAAUAUAAGCAUUCCUUUCAAUGUUAUCUGUUGAACUAACUCAAUAUGUUGGCUAAUUAAUUUUGUAAAAAAAGCCUGGGAUUGUUUUCUAAUGGAUUUGUUUAAUUUGUAGUUUAUAUAUCUAGUUGUCUGCAUAUUCUGGGUUUGUGUGUGAAACCUGUUUUUUGAGCUAUGGUAGAAAAAGUGUGGGUGGAUGAGUAGGUAGUUGGCCAUUAUAGUUGGUGGUAGGGUACACCAAUACAGUAAUGUUUUUGUAUUAUGUAAUAAAAACAAGGCACUAGCUUAAUGUUGUUUUUCAAUCAAUGUGCAAGUUCAUAUUCGCAGUUUGAUUAUCAUACAGAUAGAAAUCCUCACUAAGAUAUUUUUCAUACAUGCUGCAUUCACAAUUAGAUGUUUAAUACAUAGUUGUCAGUAUUGUUAUUCCUCAUCAACCAAGCCAAGUUUGUCAUGUUGUACAGUGCUGUGCAAAAGUCUUGAGUCACCGCUCAUUUCUUUAUGCUUUACUUUUUUGGAGCCAGACUUUGUCAUUUUGUAAGGUGGUUCUUCAGGCUUUCUGAAGGUAUGGGUGACUCAAGACUUCUGCACAUUGUUGCACCUCCAGUUCAUGGUAAAUCAUGUGAUCAUAAUAUUAGAUGACAGCAUUAAAUAAACUGGCAUAUGAAAUUGCUGAAAACCUA